UCCUUCUCCCUCCCUCUGUCACUCUCACUCAGUGCUGAGUGAGACAACACCGUCUCCUCGCCUGACUCCUCGUAUCACUGUUGGCUUCUGUAUAACCUGCAGGAAAGCAUUUCUGACCAGACGUGUAAGAUAUGUAACUCAAAGGAAAGGAGUGAAGAAAACAAAAAAAAGGCAACAAAGAAAAAAAGAAGAAAAUAAGCUCAUUUGCUGAACUGUGGUGACACCACACAGGGACACUCUCAGUAUCUCCAAUUUGAAACAUCUGCACAGGGUUGGCCUCCAGAGACAUGGAUAUCUUCAUGGACGGGGAUUUCAGCGUGAUUGGUAACAUCAGCCAUGACACAGCACGGGAGAGACUAGAAGAAAGCAAAGACCAAGGUCUAAACCACAGUGACCCACUGGACAUGUUUAUAGGCAUGGAGCUCCUUCAGCGUUUCAAACCUCUCUUCCUGCCUCUCUACUGCCUUGUAGUGGUUGUGGCUGGUGUUGGAAACUCCUUCCUGUUGGCUUGCAUCUUGUCUGACAAGAAACUCCACAAUGCCACCAACUUUUUCAUCGGUAACUUAGCGGCUGGAGACCUGCUGAUGUGUUUGAGUUGUGUUCCACUGACUGUGUCCUACGCCUUCGACAGUCAUGGCUGGGCUUUCGGGAGACCCCUGUGCCACUUGGUCCCCUUGCUGCAAUGUGCCACUGUGUUUGCAUCAGUGCUUUCGCUCACUGCCAUUGCUGUAGAUCGCUACAUUGUUGUAGCUCACCCAGUACGGAGGAGGAUCUCGGUGUGGGGUUGUGGUGCAGUGACUCUCGGUGUCUGGCUUUUAUCUCUGGCCCUGGCUGCACCUCCUUCUCUCUACACGCGCUAUCUGGAUCUGCGACCCAGUGGCAUAGACCUGGUAGUUUGCGAGGAAUUCUGGCCUCAGAGUGGCAAUCUGCGGCUGCUCUACUCCUGCUUCAUCCUCAUAGCCUCCUACAUGAUCCCGCUGCUGUCUGUUAGCGUAUCCUACUGUGCCAUUACUGUCAGCCUAAAAAGCUAUUCAGUACCCGGAGAGCCAUCCAACAGCCAGCAGCGCUGGAGCCAAAGGAGGAAGAAGACCUUUUCUCUGCUGGUGGCGUCAGUGCUGGCUUUCGCCCUGUGCUGGCUGCCCCUGCAGGUGCUGAACCUGUUGCUCGACCUGGACCCAGACUUCCACAUCAUAGGGAAGCGCUACAUAAAUGUCUUACAAGUCUGCUGUCAUUUAGUGGCUAUGAGCUCUGCAUGCUACAACCCCUUCAUCUAUGCCUCGCUGCACAGCAAAGUCCGCAUGCACCUGAAAGGCUACCUCUGCCCUUGUCGCAAUCUUCAGAGGGGGAUGGUGGAGAGGGCGACGUCUAGGAGCUGAUUUCAGACCUCGUCCACUAUUAUACAACUGACCUGCAGAGCGCUGUCUUCGCCCACAAGCACCCGCACCCCUGACACUGAUGUUAAUGCCUGAGGUGUCCAUGAGAAAAUAAGGCUUAAAAUCCAUUUAAGCCAGAUUUCCCUGUGCUUUUACAGCAUUUUUGUGACGUCAAGACAUUCGGUCCUCUCUUGUACAGUGUCCCCACAGGCAGUGUGCUAAAUAAGACCACUUAUGACAAACACGCGAAGACACAGAUCCAGACCAGACUGAAGAUUAAGUCAUCUACUGGGAAUCCUGUGUUUUUCUUGGACGGCCGAGCUGCUGGCAUGGAAACUAAGCAGGUCUUGCGGCUUUAAAAAGGCCUGCAGGGACAUAAACACAACGUCAGGGGGUUCUGCCGCAAACAUGCUGCUGGAGGCUGAGACCAUUGGUGGCUACACUGGCUGCAGGGCCUGGUUAUACUUAAACGGAAAAUGCUUGACUUCAGGGAACUGACCGAGCAAUGAACUCUUCUCACCAGACAUGGAUUACAGACCAAGAAGAGGACGUGCAAAAGACACAAUGUGAUUGUUUAAUUUGUCCCUGGUAUUGAAUAUUUGUGCUUUCAGAUUAGUUAUAUAUCGCUUGUAUUGCGUACUACCUACAUGCUAUUAGAUUUAUUAUGUUGUUAUUAUGUUGCCUGCUUCUGUUGUGUCAUUCUAUAGUCGUUGUUCUGUAUGGUUUUGGCUCCAGUGUCUAACUUUGUGUGUCAUCUGUGCACGUGAAUAAAUAUGUUCGUACAUUCAUAUGUAGUGUGCACAGGAUCUGGGUGGAAAAGAUUAAUAUGUACUGUAAUGGGAAAUCAAAUCUGCAGCUUUUGUGUCACCUUGAAACCUUUGUUUGUAAAAUGUAAUUAAUGCAAAAUUCAUAAAUGUGUUACCUGAUGAACAAAGUCUCAGUGCUUUGGCUCUGUGUGGAAAAAUCGACUGGCACAAUGAUCAACUUGAUAUUCAAAGCAUGA